AUGAACGCACCAACAGAGCCGUGUACGCACCAACAGAGCCGUGUACGCAGCAACAGAGCCGUGUACGCAGCAACAGAGCCGUGUACGCAGCAACAGAGCCGUGUACGCACCAACAGAGCCGUGUACGCCCAACAGAGCCGUGUACGCCCAACAGAGCCGUGUACGCACCAACAGAGCCGUGUACGCAUCAACAGAGCCAUGAACGCACCAACAGAGCCGUGUACGCACCAACAGAGCCGUGUACGCACCAACAGAGCCGUGUACGCACCAACAGAGCCGUGUACGCACCGACAGAGCCGUAGCUAUGAACGCACCAACAGAGCCGUGAACGCACCAACAGAGCCAUGGACGCACCAACAGAGCCGUGAACGCACCAUCAGAGCCGAGUAUGCACCGACAAAGCCGAGUACGCACCAACAGAGCCGUGUACGCACCAACAGAGCCGUGUACGCACAAACAGAGCCGUGUACGCACCAACAGAGCCGUGUACGCACCAACAGAGCCGUGUACGCAACAACAGAGCCGUGUACGCACCAACAGAGCCGUGUACGCACCAACAGAGCCGAGUACGCACCAACAGAGCCGUGUAUGCAACAACAGAGCCGUGUACGCACCAACAGAGCCGUGUACGCACCAACAGAGCCGAGUGUGCACCAACAGAGCCGUGUACGCACCAACAGAGCCGUGUACGCACCAACAGAGCCGUGUAUGCAACAACAGAGCCGUGUACGCACCAACAGAGCCGUGAACGCACCAACAGACCCAUGUGCGUACCAACAGAGCCGUGAACGCACCAACAGAACCAUGUGCGCACCAACAGAGCCAUGUGUGCACCAACAGAGCCGUGAACGCACCGACAGAGCCAUGUGCGCACCAACAGAGCCAUGUGCGCACCAACAGAGCCGUGAACGCACUAACAGAGCCAUGUGCGCACCAACAGAGCCGUGA